AUGAUGACAACCGCUAACCAACCCACGUUGCGCGAGCUGGUAGAGGAUUUCCUGUUUAAAGAGGCGGCGCUACUGGAUGAAUGGCGCCUGGACGAUUGGGUCAAUUUGUUUACCGAAGAUGCCCGGUACGUGGUCCCCACCACCGACUUGCCGGAUGGGGACCCCAAGCGCGACCUGGUGUUCAUUGACGACGAUAUCGCCCGCCUGCGCGCUCGCGCGGUGCGCCUGAACAGCCGCCAUGCUCACCGCGAGUAUCCCUGGUCGCGGACUCGCCGAUUCGUUUCCAACGUGCGGGUUGAGGAAACCAAUGAUGGUGAGCUCUCGGUAACGUCAAACGUCCUGGUCUAUCGGUUCCGUAACGGCGAGGGAGCUCCUUACGUAGGUAGUAUCGACUACGUCUUGCGGCGGGACGACGGGGGUCUGAAAAUAGCGUACCGCCGCGCAGUGCUGGAUUUGGAGGCUCUCUCCUGGCACGGUGCGGUUAGCAUUAUCUUUUGA